GGGACAGAGCAGCCAUUGGGCGCGCUCAGUGUGGCCGCUGCGAGCGUGGGGCGAGCGUGGACCGCGGCGCGGCGGUGCGACUCCUUCCCCGGCCCUUCUCCCCGCCGCAGGCGAGGGCACCGUGUGGCGGCGGCGGGGCCAGCGAGGCCGCAGGAGGCGGCUGUGCCCGGGCAUGGUGGUCUGGGGCAACGCGGAAGGUGGAGGAGUUACUGAUGGCCAUGGAGAAGGUAAAACAGGAGCUGGAGUCCAUGAAGGCGAAGCUGUCCUGCACUCAGCAGUCACUGGCAGAGAAGGAAACUCAUGUGACCAACCUUCGGGCCGAGAGAAGAAAACACUUAGAGGAAGUUCUGGAGAUGAAUACAUGCAAAUGACAGUCCAGGCUCUCCAGGAUGAAUUGCGGAUCCAGAGGGACCUGAACCAGGUGUUUCAACAGGAUAGUAACAGUAGGACUGGUGAGCCUUGCGUGGCAGAGCUGACGGAGGAGAACUUUCAGAGGCUGCACACUGAGCAUGAGCGGCAGGCCAAGGAGCUGUUCCUCCUUCGAAAGACUCUGGAGGAGAUGGAGCUGCGGAUUGAGACUCAGAAGCAAACCCUGAACGCUCGGGACGAAUCCAUCAAGAAGCUUCUGGAGAUGUUGCAGAGCAAGGGGCUUUCUGCUAAGGCUACUGAGGAGGACCAUGAGAGAACAAGGAGACUGGCAGAGGCAGAGAUGCAUGUCCACCACCUCGAAAGCCUUUUGGAGCAGAAGGAAAAAGAGAACGCUCUGUUGAGAGAGGAGAUGCAUCGGAGAUUUGAGAAUGCCCCCGAUUCUGCCAAAACUAAAGCUCUGCAAACUGUUAUCGAAAUGAAGGAUUCAAAAAUUUCCUCUAUGGAGCGUGGGCUCUGAGACUUGGAAGAGGAGAUUCAGAUGCUGAAAUCGAACGGGGCUUUGAGUACUGAAGAACGAGAGGAAGAAAUGAGGCAAAUGGAGGUCUAUCGGAGCCAUUCUAAAUUUAUGAAAAACAAGGUCAUGAUUGGUCAGGUGAAGCAGGAGCUGUCCAGAAAGGACACAGAACUACUAGCCCUACAGAUAAAGCUAGAAACACUCACCAACCAGUUCUCAGACAGCAAGCAGCACAUUGAAGUGCUGAAGGAGUCCUUGACUGCUAAGGAGUCGAGGGCUGCCAUCCUGCAGAACGAGGUGGAUGCUCUGCGGUUGCGUUUGGAAGAGAAGGAAACCAUGCUGAAUAAGAAGACAAAACAAAUCCAGGACAUGGCUGAGGAGAAGGGGACACAAGCUGGAGAGAUCCAUGACCUCAAGGACAUGCUGGAUGUGAAGGAGCGGAAAGUUAAUGUCCUUCAGAAGAAGAUUGAAAAUCUCCAAGAGCAACUUAGAGAUAAGGAAAAGCAGAUGAGCAGCUUGAAGGAGCGAGUCAAAUCCUUGCAGGCUGACACCACCAACACUGACACCGCCUUGACUACUUUGGAGGAGGCCCUUGCCGAGAAGGAGCGGACAAUCGAACGCUUGAAGGACCAGCAGGACCGAGAUGAGCAAGGAAAGCAGGAGGAAAUUCAUAACUACAAAAAAGAUCUUAAAGACCUGAAAGAAAAAGUCAGCCUAUUGCAAGGCGACCUCUCAGAGAAAGAGGCUUCACUCUUGGAUCUGAAAGAGCAUGCUUCUUCCCUGGCUUCCGCAGGACUGAAAAAGGACUCACGGCUUGAGACACUAGAAAUUGCUUUGGAGCAGAAGAAGGAAGAGUGUCUGAAGAUGGACUCGCAGUUGAAAAAGGCACACGAGGCAGCAUCGGAAGCCAGAGCCAGUCCAGAGAUGAGUGAUCGAAUACAGCAAUUGGAGAGAGAGAUUGCCAGGUACAAAGAUGACUCUAGCAAGGCCCAGGCAGAAGUUGACCGCCUCUUGGAAAUCUUGAAGGAGGUGGAAAAUGAGAAGAAUGACAAAGAUAAGAAGAUUGCUGAGUUGGAAAGGAGGAUCUUGGUACCAGGACCGCAGAAUGAAGAACUUGGAGUCCCCGUGGCUAAUCCAGCCGAGGGAAAAGGAGAAACAGAGACGGGAGAGAAAAUAAAGGGAACCCUUGGUGCUGCUGCAGGCCCAAGUCCAGAUUUGUGUGUGUGUGUCCCCCCAUGAUGAAAACAUCAUUAAAAUAAAAUCUCAUGAAUAGACUCUUAAGAAGCAGAGUCUACUUGAAGUCCUGGAAAAUGUGAAAGCACUAAUAUUCAUGGACAACUCUACACUCUGAAAGUUACUGCAAAUUUUGUUGAUCUCUAUUUUGUCUAGGAGUUUUUCAAAUUUUCUACCAUGAUCAUUUGUUAGUUUUAUCAUUACGUAAUAAAGGCAUUACA